GAAUCGAGUUAGAGAAACCAUGCCAGAGAUAAAGACGGAGCACUGUUAUGAAGAAUCCACAGACUUUUAAUUUGUUGCCAAUUUUGGCUCUGGCGAGUUUUUUCAUCAAGAUAAGUGGAUUGACCUCUCUUCGCCCGGUGCUGACGGGUCCUGACAAGGCCUACAUCAGAUCCAGGGCUGCUUUCCGCUGUAUUGCUCCAGACUCCUCUUUGCCAGUCACCUACGAGCUGAUGAAGGAUGACGGUGCCUUGAUGGACACAGCCCCUGAUCUCCAAGAUGACCAACCUGCCAUAUUCUCCCUGAAGGUCUCUGCAGCAUCAGAGGGCUCGUACCACUGCAAGGCCACGACAGCAGGAAACACAGCAGUGAGCAACAGCAUCAGGCUGGCCGUAGUCACUCCACCAUCAAACACCCAUGUGACCUCUGAACCCUUCCCUCCAGCUGCAUAUGAGGGCUCACGUGUUGUGCUGAGCUGCAGCGUCACAAAGGGCUCCCACCUUUCCUUCACCUGGUUCUUCAACAGGACGCAAGUGACACCGUCAACCUCUUUCUUCAACCUCACUGAGAACAAGCUAGUGAUGGAGCAGGUGACCCCAGAGCAUGCUGGGUACUAUUCUUGCAUGGCUUGGUCCUGGGUGCAGGACACCAAGAGGUUCUCCAGCAGCUCAGAGGUCCAGGUGACAGUCAAACUUUACGUUUCAAAGCCAAGAAUCUCCUUCUCCAUCUUCAAAGACGGAGACACUUACAGUGGCAACGUGACCUGCUGGUCACCAAGAGGGAGUCCUCCGGCCAACAUCUCUCUUUCUCUUGAAGGCAAAGAAGUUGGAUCUGUCACAGCUACUGAAUCCCUCGCUGCCUGGUUCCUGGUGGCAGUGGUACCAGGUCUAGACAUGGGCAUGAUCCAGUGUCGGGUGACUACUGAUGUGCAGGACUUGAUGAGUGAACCUGUGACUCUGGAAGUGGUCCCUGUUGGAGGUGAUGUGAAAGUUGAGGUUGAAUAUCUCUACAGAGCUGACUCCAAACUGGCCGCCACCAGGCUGAGCUGUCGAGUCAGCAGAGGAACUUUCCCUCACGUCUCCUGGCUCUUAAACAAUUCUGUCCUUCCCCCGGAGACCCGUCAGCCUGGCCUGCAUCACUAUACCCUAACGGAUCAAAGACGAAGUGUCAUCCUGGCCAAGCUCGGCCCAGAGGAGUCUGGGUAUUACCGCUGCAGGGCCAGGGACAGCUAUGAUGACUCCGGGCCCUGGGUGGAGAGCGCCGCUGUGCUGGUUCAAGUCGCAGACAGGAUCCUUAACUCCAUGCCUCCAGAAACAUCUUCCACUGAAACACCACCAACGGAGUUUUUCAUGAACACCAUAGAGGUCGUUACUAUCACGUUCUGCUGCUUCCUGUUUCUGAUGUUGGGAGUGGGUGCGUGCUGUAUGUACAAGAUGCUUGACCACAAACAAGAUCAUGCCCACAUUGCUACAACAAAUUGCAGUCCUGACGCACUUCCUCUGUCUGUACCCGUGUCCCAGUCAGGAGAUGAUACUCUGUUUAUAGACUGUGAUGUUCAGAAUGAGACCGCUGAGAUCACAAGCUUGUGCUUCUGUAGCAAGGAGAGCAGUCAGACAAUUCUGACGCGUCCAGUACUGUUUGGUCCUUCGGAGGCUUUGGUGAAAAGUGUUGUAGAGUUUCAAUGUGAACUGAAAGUCUACCCAGAGAAUGUAGCUAUCCUGUUUAAGCUAUAUAAGGAGGACAACCGUGACAAGUUGUUGGGUGAAUACACCUCCCUGGAUAAGGAUGCUGGAUCCUUCCCCAUAGUAAUCAGACCUUACCAUGAGGGCCCUCUGGAGUGUGUGGCCAAGGCACAGAACAACUCUGAAAUAUUGCCGACUGUCAGCAACACACACUACCUGAAGGUUGUCGAACCAGUCAAAGGUGCAAAGAUCUCCAUCAGUUCAGGUCAAGCGGAGUUCUUUGAGGGAAAGACUCUGGAGCUGCACUGUAAUCUCACGGCUGGAAAUCACGUCUCCUACAAGUGGCUGCUGGAUGGUCAGCCUGUCUCUAAGUCUCACUUCCACUAUUUUGUAGAGAACCGUCUGCUGAUCUACAGAACAACUUCUAAAGACAGCGGUUCCUACAGGUGUGUCGCCUCCAACACCUUCAACAAAACAGAAGUCUUCACCUCCGAAAGCUCUGAAGUUGUAAUUACAGUCAAAGACUUGGUGUCCAGACCGAACAUCUCCUUCUCCGUGGUGAAGGAAGGUUCCCACAUCUAUUCUGCCUUGGUCACCUGUCAGUCAACCAAAGGGACUCCACCUGUCACCUUUUCCCUGUACAACAGAACAGAACUGGUUGCCAAUAUCACAGUCGAUGACAGAAACGCCACGUUUAAGGUUCCAUUGAUCUUGGGCCAUCACUUGGGAUGGCUCCAGUGCCAGGCAAACAAUGGAGACCAGACUGAAUACAGCCAUUGGAUUCCCCUAGAAGUUGUCCCUGUUGGUGGGCCGGUGACGAUGCAUUAUGACCACGAUGUCGGAGAAAACUACGCUGUAGUCGGCUUGAGAUUCUACUGCAAGGCAGAGAAGGGAUCUCUCCAACGGCACCAGUGGUUCCUCAACGAAACCCUCCUACAUGACCGAGGAAGCUUCUACUACGUGGUCCACCAGCCUCCAGAACAGUCGAUGCUCCUGCUGUCUGUAGGGAGGAGCAGCGCUGGAACGUACCACUGUGAAGUGUCAGACAGCUUUGACAACACCACCGCCAUACGCAGCAAGAGGCUGUAUAUGGACAAAGAAGUGUUGAAUCGUCUCCCCCUCCCGGUGGUUGCAGUUGUCUUUGGAUGUUUCUCCGCUCUGGUUCUCCUCGUCACUGUUUGUUGUGUUGCAUCAGUGGGCUGGCGAAAGCAGCAUGGAGGAAAGACUCUGACCUUUGAGAUGGAGGGAAUGACAGUUGCAGAAGAGGACGAGCUGGACCUGUCAGAGUACAAGGAGGAUGCUGAUGUGGUGAACGCAGCCAGAGGCAAUGAAUCUGAUCAGACGUCUGAAGCCUCCGUAGAUGAAUGGCCCCUAAUAGAGCAAGAGAAGAAGACAUUGGAGGAUGAACCAGUUGAGGAGCCCUGAGGGCCCUCCCUGUGUAGAAGCCUUUGACCCCUGCUGUGGCCCCUGUGUCAAAUUAAUAAUGAAAUGAUCAAUUUAUAAUGAUGAACAAUGGAACAAUUCUAACCUUUUUUUUUGUUCAAACAAUAUCUCAUUGUACACAAAAGGAACCCAGAAUGUGAACGUUGUAUAAUAGUUUAACUCUCUGGAGUCUUAAAGGGCUAUUUUGUCCAUUUUUGAAUCCUUUUCAUGUCUUUGCAUGUCUUUGUAAGUCAUUUUGUGUCUUUUUUUGGGUAAUUUUGUGUCUGUUUGUUGUGUCUUUUUUUGUCAUUUUGUGUCUUUUUU